CGCUUCCGUUUCCGCUCACCAUUUGAUCAUAGAGAAGCCGGCGUCGCAAACAGCACAUGGCGGGCAUUUCUCGCCGUUAUUGUUAGUCGUUGCCGGCACUGCUGCCGUUUGUGUGUCGGCGUUAUGUUGACAGAUAUUCUCGACGUCGAAGAGAUAGAGCUCCUCGCGGAAGCCAGCAGGGCGAAGCUCGAAAGCUACGUCUCCCUGAGCACCAAAACCACCGAGGAGCUCCGUGAAGAAAAUGCUCAGCUCAAGGCUCGAUGCGAACGCAGCUCCUUCCAGCUGGAAGCGGCUCUGUCUGAGCACCGGGCUCAGGUCACUGUACUCGAGGAUGCCUGUGAGAAGGCCAAGCAACAGGCAGCACAGCUCGCGUCUGAGCUGGGCACCUGCCGAGUGGAACUGGAAGGUUCCAAGGCAGCGACUGCGGCCACCAAGGCUGAUUUGGAACUGUGCAAGAGAAACCUGGAGCAGGUGACAAAGGAGAAGCUGGAAUUGCUGCAGGCCAUGGAGAAGCGCACUCAGGAGCUGUCGUCACUGAAUGAACGUGUGGAGGCACUGCAGUCAGAGUUGAGCAGCAGCCAGCAGCAACAGCGGGAGCAGGCAGUGCGUCUCGAGGAGCUUCAGUUGCAGCUACUCAGUGCACAGCAUGCCGAGAAGCGCCUGCAGCAGGAACGGGAGCUGAUUCAAGCCCAGCUGGAAGAGCUGCGGGAAGAGGCCUCCACGCACCGACAGGAGGCCGCACAGCUGCGCCGCAGCAAGGCAGGCCUCACCCUCGACCUGCAGGCGCAGCUCGACCACCAGAAGGAGCAGGUGAACUCUUUGACCAGGCAGUUGGAGUCCUGGCGUUCGAGCGUCGCAGAGAUGGAGGAGAGGUCAAGGACAACGGCCGCUCUUCUGGACGAAGCUCGGGAGGCGAAGACCAACCUUGAGGCUCACUUCCAGAACGAGCUGCAGGCACAGCGUAGGCUGGUCGACAUGCACAAGGAGCUGUCCGAGAAUCGGCGACAGCGCAUCGAUGAGUUGGUGGCCACCCUGGAGGAGAUGCAGGCGCUGCUGCUGGAGACCCGGGCCGUGGGAGAGCGCUACCAGGAGGCCCUGAAGGAGCGCCAGGCCAGCCACGAGCAGGAGCUCGCGAAGCGGGAUGCCGCCAUCGAGGCGCUGCGCAAGGAGCUACAGCUGGCCAACUGCCUGCUUGAGGGGAAGGGCAGCAUUGUGGAGAAGCUGUUCCCUGCCGCACACGUGUCCGGCCUGGCAAGGGAGUCCGGUCUGAGCCUGACGGAGCUUCUGUCGGAGCGGCUGGAGCAGCAGCGAGCGCUGGCGCAGGCAGUCCGUGAGAAGGAAGCCUUGCAGCAGCAGCUCAGCGAACUCUCCCAGGAGUUGGCCGACAAGGUCCCCAUAGUGGCACGCCACAUGCAGGAGUACGAGAAGUGUGUCUCCAGCGUGGCCACUCUGAGGGAGCAGCUGACCGGUGCCCUGGUGGAGCAGGAGCAGCGAGCGCAUGAGCGGGACGAGGCACGGGCCGCACUCGCCCAUGCUGAGCGUGAGCUCCGCCGGUGGCAGCAGCAAGCGAAGGACCUCUCUCGACAGGUGUGUGAGCUGGUACGAGAGGUCGAGGAUGCCCGUGGUGGUUGCGUUCCCAUGUCGCAAGAGGAGGAGAUCAGCUCAUCCAAUGAGGACGCCUCGCCUCCGCUCACUGCCUCCGAAGUGAUCUCCAAGCAUCUUGUCACAUUCAGGAGCAUCGAGGAGCUGCAACAGAAGAACGCCGAGUUGCUGGCAGUGGUGCGAGAGCUGAGCGAGAAACAAGAGGAAGAAGAAAAGAAGGUGGCGGAGGAGAGGAGUUCUGAGCUACGAGAGAGGCUUGAGGGCGUGAUGGCCCAGCUGCAAGAACUUGAGCAGGAGCGCAACCGCCAGAUGGCGCUGGUGGCCUCCAUGGCGCGUCAGCGCGACAUGUACCGUGCCCUGCUCACCAGCAGUGGCCGCAAAGACAUCGAACUGCCCCCACCGAUGGAAGACGAAAGUAUCUUUGAGCCACAGUUGGCAUCGACGCCGGCCGUGGGUAGCAAGCGUACACCCGACCGGCUGCCUGGCAAGCCCUCCAGGCCAGGUCCUCAGGAUCCCAAGGCAGCGCUGGCGGAACUCCAGCAAGACUUCGACACCUACAAGAAGGAAAUGGCCGAGAACCAUAGGAUGGUGACGGAGCAGCUGGCAGCAGCCCGGGAAGAGACCCUGCAGCUGCGACUGGAUGUGGCUCGGAAGGAGGCGGAGCUGAAGCACGUGCAGGAGCGACUGAAGCUGGCGCAGAACAGCCUCGAGCCACUGCGGCAGGAGGCCGCCACGCUGCGCGAGCGUUCUCACCACCUGGGCGACAGCCUGGUGCAACACCAGCAGGCACUUACAACUCUCAGAGAGGAACUCUCGACAUCACAGGAGGCGGCAUCCCGUGCCGAGGUGCUUUUGGAGAGUGCACGGGCGGAGCGAGACCAGCUGCGUGAAACCAACCUGCGUCUGGAGCGGGACUUGGAGUCGUUACGUCAAGAGAAAGGGUCCCAGGCACGCAUCCUUAAUAACCUGGAGACGCUGCAGCUCAACUUGGAGCGUAUGGAUUCUGAGCGCAGCGCUGCUGACCAGGCCAAAAUGUCCCAUCUGGAGCUUCGUUGCGAGUCGCUGCAACGGCAGCUGGAGGCACAGGCGGAGCAGCAGGCCUCGCUGGCAGCCGCCUGGGAGAGACAACUGCGGGAGGCCCAGGAACGUGCCGCGGCGGAGGCGGAGCGGUCGCGCAAGUCCACAGACGAGCUGGUCGAUGCAUAUGCACAGCUUCAUCAGGCACGCCAAGAACUCUCUGAGAAGCAGUCGCACCAAGCGCGUAGCGAAGCCUCAGCCGAGUCAGCAGAAGUGAGCUCACUGAGGAGCCUCCUGACCAAGACUCAGGAAAAGGUCAAAGAACUCCAGGCAGAGCUGCAAGCUGUGCGGCAGCACUCCGAGUCCCUGCAGGCAGUGUGCACUCAGGCUGAAGCGCGCCUUGCUGAGCAGGACACCCUCAGCGGUCACUGCCGUGAGGCUUUGGAACAGGUGCAGCAGGCAAAGCGCGAGCUGGAGGACAAGGUGGCACAGUUGGAGCAGCAGUGCCACGAGUUGGCCAAUGAGAAGGUGCGCCUUCUCGAGGAAAACAAGGCCAAGGUUGAAGAUCUGGAGAAGCAGCUGGCGGCCACUCGGAAUGAGCUGGUCGAAGCCGAGAGCAAGGUUGCAGACAGAGCACGGAGAGACGCUGAGCAUGUCCUUGACCAGGACGUGCAGAAUUCACUCGCCAAGCAGGCCCAGGAGAAGUAUGAACGGGAAGUCUUGCUGCAUGCGGCUGACAUUGAAGCCCUCUCGGCAACAAGGGCAGAGUUGGACCAAGUGCGGCAGGACAUCUCUCGGCUGGAACAGCGGGCCAAGGGUGCCGAGGAGACACUGACAGCGGCUCGUGAGUCUUGGGCCCAGCAGGAACAGCAGCUACGUGCUGAGAAGGACGCACUGGCUAAGCGUGUCGAGGAGCUGUCACACCAGAACUCCCUGCUGCACCAACAAAUGGAAAUGCUCAGCUCUCAGGUUUCAGUGCUGCAGCAGAAGACGUGGCCCGAGACGCCGGCUGCUGAUGGCGCAGCUGGUGCCGUCAGCGGGGACCGCAACAUAGAACAGCUUCGCGAGGUGGUGAACUUUCUGCGCCGGGAGAAAGAUUUGGUGGCGGCACGAGCCGAAGCAGCGGAGGCGGAGUGCGCACGGCUCACCGUGCAGCUGGAGCAUCGGUCGGCCAGUCUGCGGCAGGCGCAGCAGGAACUGCGCACCGAGCACGAGCGGGCACUGGCCCGUGCCACUAGUGAUGCGCAGCAUGCAGAGCUUCUCCGCAAGGUGGAGAUGGUGCAGUUGCUAACAGAGAGCAACCGAGCGCUGCGGGACGAGCGCACAGAGCUGGUGGACAGCAAGCACCAGCUGGAAGAGCGGUGCGCUCAGCUCGAGCGGGAGCUGGGACCCCUGCGCGAGGAGGUGCGCUCUCGUGCUGCCCAGGCCGAGGCUCUGCAGGCGGACGUAGGCUUCCUCCGGACUGAGGUGCAGCGCUGGCAGCAACGCACCAACCAGCUGCUUGAGCAAUCGAGCCGCACCGACCCAGAGGCCUUCCGCAAGCUAGCGGAGGAGAACACCAACCUAAAGCGGGAGACGCACAAUCGUGGCGAGGAGCUGGUUGCCGUCAAGCGGCAGCUGGCUACAUACCGGGAGGAGGUGGCGGACUACAAACAACGUCUCAACGCCUCUGUGGAAGAGACCAAGGCUGUGCGUGCCGAGCUGUCGUCGCAGAUUGCCGCGCUGCAGAGGGACACGCAGAAGGAGCUUCAGGCAGUCCGUGCCGAAUCUGACCAGCUCAAGGCCGAGGCUGAGAAAGCAGCCGUGGAGCUGCAGUCACUCCGCGCGGACAAGGAGGAGAAGCUGAAGACGAUUGUGCAGGUGAAGAAGAUAGCGCGCCACUACCGCAGCCAGUUUGAGGAGCUGAAGGCCUCCAAGGAGGCCCUGGAGAAGCGUUGCUCUGAGCUGGAGGAGGCUCAAGCGAAGGCCGAGACCGAAGGGGCGCAAGCACGCUCUGAUCUGGACACCAGCGUGCGACAGCUCCAAGAACGCCAGGCCAGCCUCACCCAGGAGCUGGAUCGUGCCAAGGCCGAGAGUGUGCAGCUUGCGUCCGAGAAGGAGCAGGCGAACAAUGCGGCCAACCAAGCCAAGGGCCUCAUUGUGCAGGCACGGAAGCGCAUUGCCGACUUCAACACCAAAAACGAGGCACUGACCAAGGAGAACCAGACGCUGAAGCAGAACCUGGAGGGUCUCAACCAGCGCAUCGCCUCCAUGGAGCAGAUGAAACAGGAGACUGCGUUGCGGGAGAGCAGCCUGCGGUCGCAGUUUGAGGGGCGGCUGCUGCGCCAAGAGAAGGAGAUGCGCGACACCCGCGACGCCCUCGACCGGGCUCAGCGCCAGGUGGAUGAACUCACCCAGAAGCUGAAUCAGCAGCAGCAGAAGCAAGCUAAACCCACCAUGGUAACUGCGCCUGUGGAGAGGACAGGUGGCCACGGAAGCGGUGCACCUAGCGAACCGGUGACGGCCAAUGUGCGCCCGCUGACGCCACCUCCGCAGAGUGCAGCUGCACUGCAGCGCCCAGGACCCAGCGGGGCGCGGCUUACCCCUACUGCUAGCAUCCGGCCCAUCACCCAGGCUGCUCGCCUUGCUGCCGUGGCACCCACCGCGGCCCUGCCCGCAGCUACUCCGCCUCCGGAAGUGGAAGUACAGAGCCCAGCAGUGUCAACAGCACCGGCAGCACCAGCAGCAGCUGCACUGGCAGCGGCAGCUACAGUGUCCACUGCGACGGCAUCCACGGCAGUGUCCACUGCGGUGUCUGCAGCAGUGUCUGCAUCAGUCCCUGCGGCUGUCUCCGUGUCGGUCGCUGCUGCAGUGUCUCCUUCGCCUGCCGUGCAGCAAGCCGAGGUGCAACCAGCCACGGUGGUCGUGGCACCUGUUCAGGAGGCCACCUCUGCGACAUCCGACGUCUCAUUUCCCGGGACAGACUCUGGUGUAGAGCUUGUGGUGCCUACCAGCACGGUGCCAGUCACCGUCACACCGUCAGCACAACCAGCAGAGCCUAGCACUGCAGCUGCAGCACCGGACGAGGGCCCAUCAUCAGCCUCUGGAGGAGGAGGAGGAGGAGCACACAAGCGGCCUCGGGAUGUGGACCAGGAGCCGUCCAGCUCGGACACACAGAGCAGCCUGGGGUCCACCGCACCACGGUCCGAGUCACCACUCUCCAAGAAGCUCAAGCCAUCUGCGAGCACGGCCGAGGUUGUCUGCACCCAGGAGGCCUCGCCUUUGGUCGAACCUAUCGAGGAAGGCGUGUCGAGUUCUCUCGCCGGAACCAGUGCAGAAGAGCCGCAGCAGUCCACCACGGUGGAUGACGUCAUUGUUGUCGAAAGUGAUGACGAGGCAAUCGAAGAGGAGCAGCCGAAGACCGAACAGUUGGAAGGGGCCGAGUCUGGCAUGGAGGACGAUUACGAAGACGAAGAGAUGAACGUCACGUGUGGCACAGGUCGUGGCCCCGAUGAAGCAGAUGUGCCGGAGGAGGACAUGGCAGAGCCAGAGUCGCUGGACGACACUGAGCGGGACAUGGACGAUGCCAACGAGAUUGAGAUCGUAGACCUUGGUGAUGAAGCAGGCGAGGACAAUGAAAUGGAGGAGCCUCUGGCUGAGGAUGAAGACGUACAGCAGGGCUCGUCUGUGCCGGUCGAGGAAGAGGAAGAACUCCAACCGGCCGCCAACACAUCCUCUGCAGCGGAGGUGCCGGCGUCUUUGCUGGUAGCGCCUCCGUUGCUGCAGCAGCACAGGCCUUCCCUGCUGCCCCGAGUGCGCAACGAGCGCCUGGCAUCGAGUCAGAGUGCUGCAGGCUUCGAGGAAGGGGAUGACAGCAUCGUGCCCAGCACACCGACCCUCUUUGUGCCUCGAAGGACUGACGGCUUUGCCGAGGCUGUCGGCUCUCCUCAUGUGCCUCAUGGAGGCUUUGUAUUCGGCACUGCAUCCGAAGGGCAGUCUGCACCGGAGCCAUCUGGUCUGUCGCAACUCGCGUCUCAGGAAGGUGUGGGAGUAGAUGACACACGGAUGGACCUUUCACACUUUGAGGAAGGUGGUGGCCGCAGCGUGCCGUCAACCCCACUGCAGAUCUCUCCAACUGAAUCGCGAGACACAUCGUUGUUCCAAGGAGAGCCAAGCGUGGUUGAGGAAACCCCAGAGGAAACACCCGAAGAAGAGGCGGCCUCCCAGGAGGAGGAGGAGGAGGAGGAAGAGCCGGGACCACUCGCCGUGAGCAGCCCACCCACUGUCUUGGUCACGGAGGCUCCAGAGUCCACUGAAGGGCCUUCGUCUGCCAUCGUAGUUUCGCCGAUUGUGGAAGAACCUCCUGAGCCAGAAGAGUCAUCAGCAAAGGCAGAGCCAGCAGUCAUUCAUUCAUCGCCACCCACUAUUGUCAUCUCACCUGUGCCUGUUCUUGAAGUAACCCCAGAGGAAAGAGAAGAGCUGCUGUUAUCAGAAGGGGAAGCACCCGACACUGGAGCAGACGCUGGGUCUGAGGCGCAGGCUUCAGAGGAGCCAGCACCCUCAGGUGGAGAAGCUUCUGUGGCAACGUCAUCUGGAGGGCCAUCGCAACAGCAACAGCAGUCGACGCAGCAGCAGGCGCCGCCGCAGCGCCGGCGCAUUGUGUGGGAGGAGCCCGAGCCGGCCUCGAGCUCAGUGGCAGCAACCCCGCCGCCCCCUGUGGCGGCGGCGCAAGUCGCAGUGGGCGGAGCUCCAACAUCGCCGAGCGCUGCCCACUUCCCGUCACCUCCGCCGGCGCACGCGACGGCUCCUACUGCUGCGGCCGGUGCUACCAGCGGGCCAGCCGUGACGUCACCGCAACAACAGCAGCAGCAACAGCAUAGGAGCCUUAACGCGGUUCGCGGUCUGCGCAGCCGUCGGGUGCGCCUACGGGGCUCGUUGCCACAGGGCCGAGGGGCGAGCCCCCAGGGUCGAGGUGCGGGUCUCCAGGCACGAGGUGCUGGCCCCCAGGGUCGAGGGGUAGGCCCCCAGGGUCGUGGAGCGGGCCCCCAGGGAAGAGGCCACCCAAUGCGAGGGGCAGCGGGACUCAUGUGGAGCCCAAACUGGCGAGGAGGUGGCCCUCGGAACCGUGGUCCGCACCCGUUCUGAGCUUUGUGGGUGCAUUUCAAGGCGGGGCCAAGUAGUCGCCGAGCAGGGAUGGAGGGGUAAGGUGUGGAUUCUUGAUGCGGUAGGGAGACAUGUCAGGGAACUAAGUGCACAGCAAUUGCUGACAGUACAGAGGAGUGGCAAUAGUUUCAAGCACAAUGUUGCAACUCUUUCUGUGAGCUUAGCCCGCCGUCGUUUUCGUGUGUACUUGUAUAGUUUUCAUGUUGAAAAGCCUUUUUUCUCUUUUACUGAGGAACACUUGAGAGCGGUAAAAUACUGAUUGCAGAGGAGUGGCAGAAGUGUGGUUUGUGUGAAAGGAAGCUCGCAUUGUUGUGAUGGCAUUAUUUCACAAAAGUGCUGAAUGAUAGAACUGGUCUAAGUGACAAUGAAUGCAUGUGCCCGAAGAUCAAACUAAAUGCAGGGCACCUAUUGUUGGAAGGUCUGUGCAGUUAAGGGGUGCAAGUUAACACAAUGGACCAUAUCACCAAUUUUGCUCGUGGGCCUCACCUGGUACUUCAGCAGCAGUGCUGCAAGCCUUGAAUGUUUUUGUGUUGGUGCCUUUGGUGCAUGGCAUGUUUGAGUACCUCCGAGUCACAUGAAUGUAGGUCCGUGCGCAAAAUUGCUAGAGUGGUUAGUUGCGUGAACAUACCCUUAAGGAAAGCAGUUGGUGGCACACAACAGAGCAAUGUGAGGAAAUUCACAACUGCUUUGAAUGGCGGCAGUGUUUUUAAUGCAUGGUGGUGGCAGGAUACAGGGACACACCAAUUUAAACCUAGCAGGUGAUCAUUCCUGUAGCUACAUAGGUUGCCAUAAGUAUUGUUUUUGUUGUGCACUUGCACCCGGAUGCAAGUUUGAGAGUUUUGUAGACAGGGUAAGCUUUGGAAGUCUUGCUUAGCUUAAUAUCUAGCGAAUACCAGGCAUUCCUAAAGCACUAGAAUCCAGCCAUGUUUGACUAAGUAGCGGCUAAGCUGCCCGCUCACCCAGUUGUUGGCGUGCUCAACUGGCUCUCACAUACACCUGUGCAAUCAGUUGUCACAGCUGAAUGCUUAUAGUAAGGAGGUCUGCACUAAACCACCCAAACAGUUGAUCCCCCCAUUCUUAGAUCUUCCUCAACAUGAGGCACUUCCUUGACUUCUGUCUGUAGAGAAUGUUGCCACCUCUUGAUUUAGAAGCCGAAAAGUGCUUCAAUAACCCUUCUUCAUGUUGACGCUGUAAAUAUCUGGUAGCACAAAUAUACCUCAGGAAUUGCUGGGCUGUAAUUUUGUUACUAUAUGCUUUCAGUGUCUACUCCGAGGAAACGGCCUAGAGGAGUGUCUCAAGCAAAUCCUCAUGGUAAUGACCACUAAUUGGCAUUAUUGAAAUGCAGAGGGUAGUUCAGUCGAGGAGGUGCCUUGAGUUGUAUGUUUAAUACAGAGAGGUGAUCCACCCAAGCAACCUAUUGCCUUCUCCAUGCCUUGACACCCAUUUGCUGUACAGCACAAUUGUUUGUCUUUCCAUUUAUUCUGUUGCGCAUUUUUGUGCUGUUUCAUGCUCUUUCCAACACACCUGAGCACUGUGCUUCAUACUACGUCAUUCUCAUGCUCCUCAUUUGUCAUGCCUUGUUUGUCCCAAUACGCCAAAACUUUCUGAAACCUGCUAUCACUAGCUUCUUUCGUAAAGCCAAGGAAGUGCUGAGGUGAAGAAAAUGUGGCAGUGACCGUUACAUCUUGUCUUCUUUUUGUCUCAAUUCCAGUUUUGUUUUUCUUUUGGAACUGAAGAUGGCAGAGUCUUUUUCCUUAUGAAAGUAAUACCACAUUUCUGCAUAGUUCAUUCUUUUGAACACAGUUGCGCCUCAGGGCAUAAUAUCACAAAUUUGAGGCCUCUUCGUUGUGUAAAUCUCAUCUGUCAUUACUUAGCACUCAAUCUGUGCAUAUUUUAAUUGGUUUGAAAAGUAUGUAUCUUCUGUUGCAGCAGCUAUUAAAGAUAGUUUUAAAGAGAGUCUAAUUGUUUUAGUUGUUGCCUAAACCUGUGUUCAUGUUUCAUUUUGUGAGUGAAAGAUUUUGCUUUAAAAGAGCAGGUGUUUUCUUGCUCAGGAUGAUAAGGCCUUGGAGCUGGCUGCUGCAAUAUUUCUUGCAAACUGUCAGCCACUAAUAACUGGGUGCUUGGAAUAUGUUUCACUUUUUUUUUAAUGUACAGCACAAAACACGAGUGUCCUGUUGACCAGGGUUGUGCUGGUCCUCACUUGAGAUGUUUCAUGUGAUGUCACAACUACUGGAGCCAAUUGAUGGAACAUGUGCAGUUUAAUGUAACAGGAAAUGUUGUCUGUUCCAUGACUUUGUGGUCAAGUAGGUCUUGGUUUCAGAACUUGUGAUGAUGGCACAGUGCUCUCAUUGCUUCCCAAGUGGUGUAUGCCUGAUUGUGUGUGCAGAGUGUUAAAAAAAGAAAAGAUUAAAAACGAAAAUGUCAUCACUCUC